UACCCCCAACAAGUCAUUUCCAACUUCUUUUUCUAUAUUUAUACCUAAAAACCCUAUUUAUUUCCCAUUUCUUCUACAACUUUCCACUCUUCUCGAUCUUUCCGCUACCACUCUCUCUCUUCUACUUCACUACUUCCUCUUCCUUCAACAGCCAUGGGUGGUGCCAAGGUCAAGAUCGGAAUCAACGGAUUCGGAAGAAUCGGACGUUUGGUUGCCAGAGUUGCUUUGAAGAGAGAUGAUGUUGAACUCGUUGCCGUUAACGAUCCUUUCAUCACCACUGAUUACAUGACAUACAUGUUUAAGUAUGACAGUGUUCACGGUCAGUGGAAGAACGACGAACUCACCGUCAAGGACUCUAACACUCUUCUCUUCGGUCAGAAGCCAGUUACUGUCUUUGCACACAGGAACCCAGAAGAGAUUCCAUGGGCCAGCACUGGUGCUGAUAUCAUUGUUGAGUCUACUGGUGUCUUUACUGACAAGGACAAAGCUGCUGCUCAUUUGAAGGGUGGUGCCAAGAAGGUCAUCAUUUCUGCUCCCAGUAAAGAUGCUCCCAUGUUUGUUGUUGGUGUUAACGAGAAUGAAUACAAGCCAGAGUAUGACAUUAUUUCCAAUGCUAGCUGCACCACCAACUGCCUUGCACCACUUGCAAAGGUUAUUAAUGACAGGUUUGGCAUUGUUGAGGGUCUCAUGACCACUGUCCAUUCCAUUACUGCCACCCAGAAGACUGUUGAUGGACCAUCAAGCAAGGACUGGAGAGGUGGAAGAGCUGCUUCAUUUAACAUCAUUCCCAGCAGUACUGGAGCUGCUAAGGCUGUCGGCAAAGUGCUUCCUGCCUUGAACGGAAAGUUGACCGGUAUGUCAUUCCGUGUCCCAACUGUGGAUGUCUCUGUUGUUGACCUUACAGUGAGGCUCGAGAAGGCCGCCACCUAUGACCAAAUCAAAGCUGCUAUCAAGGAGGAGUCCGAGGGCAAGUUGAAAGGAAUCCUUGGUUACACUGAAGACGAUGUGGUCUCCACUGACUUUAUUGGUGACACCAGGUCAAGUAUCUUUGAUGCCAAGGCAGGAAUUGCCUUAAAUGACAAGUUUGUUAAGCUUGUCUCAUGGUAUGACAACGAGUUGGGUUACAGUACCCGUGUGGUUGACCUCAUUGUUCACAUUGCUAAACAACUUUAAGUUGGAACUGCGGUUGGUAGUGCUAUAAAUUGGCCUACUUUUGUUUCUUUACCAUCCAUUAGCCUAGCGGCAGUUGGGCCUCUUUUCAUGUAAUAAGUUGAUUUGCUGUACUAGUGAAGUUUACAUGUUAUGAACUGCAGUGUUUUUGGUUGCUUAGUAGUACAUUAAGCAAUGAGCUGUUUUGGAUUUUGAUGUAUUGGCUGAGUUUUAUUGGUGUGAUAAAUAAAUCAUUUCCGUCA